AAAACAACGACUUUCCUCAGGCCGCCGCGAUAAUUUCUUCUACGCUAUGAGUCAGAGUCAAGAGUCUGUCUUUGAUCUCUCUCUACAAUUUCAUCCAUCCAGUUCGAAACCCGGCUGAAACAGACAGACAAACAUGGCUUCGGUAACCUGCGCACGCAGGUCUUACCAGACCUUCUUCACACGGCCUCGUUACAGAACAGUGACCUCGCAAGCAGCCUGCACACGGCAACAGACUAGAUGGAGCUCACAUGCCCCUUCCUCUCCCGCUCUACUCGCCAGAGGACAGAAGCCGGUCACCAUUCAGACUCUACAGAAAAUGUACGCCGACAAGUCUCCAAUCACGAUGCUCACCGCCCAUAAUUUCCCCUCGGCCCUCAUGGCACAAGAAGCCGGCAUGGACAUGGUGCUGGUGGGUGACUCCCUGGCCAUGGUGUCCCUCGGCAUGCCAGACACGUCCGAAAUCACACUCGACGAAAUGAUCAUGUCUGCCCGAGCCGUCAGCCGAGCCGUCAACCGAUCCUUCACCGUCGGUGAUCUUCCCAUGGGCUCCUACGAAAUCAGCCCCGAGCAAGCCCUCGCCAGCGCCAUUCGCAUGGUCAAAGAAGGUCGAAUGCAGAGUGUCAAGUUGGAAGGCGGUGCCGAGAUGGCCCCUCAGAUCAAAAAGAUAACCACGGCUGGAAUUUCCGUGUGUGCACAUAUCGGUUUGACACCGCAACGACAGCACGCCCUAGGCGGGUUCCGAGUUCAAGGGAACACCCCAGGCAAAGCCAUGGCUUUGUAUGAAGACGCAAAAGCCGUUCAAGAUGCUGGUGCGUUCAUGCUGGUGCUUGAAUGUGUACCCCCCGAUGUUGCAGAGGAAGUAACCAAUGCCUUGGUCAUUCCGACCAUCGGUAUCGGUGCUGGAAACAAGACGAGCGGCCAAGUCCUGGUCCAGAUCGAUAUGUUGGGUGUUCGACCUCCUGACUCGUUCAUGCCGAAAUUCGUGAAGAGGUACGGUUCCGUAUGGGACGCUGGUGUGGCCGCGAUCCGGCAAUAUAAAGACGAGGUCACCGAUCGAAGCUAUCCUACCGCACCGUAUGUGUACAAGAGCGACGCCAAAGUGACUGAGGCCUUCAAAGCGGCAUUGAAGGGAAACGAGUCCUGUUGAGAUUUUGUUGUUCUUGAUGGCAAUGUUAAUCGCCUAUAGGAGAGAGUGCGUGACCUUAGGGGGAGUUUCUGGCGAUGAAGAAAAGAUUCCCGUGGAUUUUCAUAGCGUACGACUUAAUUUAUUGUUCGUUGCGUUUGACGUACCGUACUCUCAGAAUUUCUGACUCGUCAUCCAAAAGCGGGCGUGGUAGAAUAGCUAACAAUCAACUGAUCGUCUGUUUUGAAACACU